AUGGAUGCCGAAGAAGUGCUGAGCCUCUUCGAUUCUUACUGGUUUGAUCAUCAAAUAUUGACCAAGAAACCGCCUUCGUCACCUCCUGUAAUAGACCCAGUUCCUGAAAUCCAGAAAGAAGCUCCAGAGCUGGAAAUUUCUCACCCCCCGACGCUCCAUGUUCGAUAUUCAAGCGACCAGCUGAGCUCCAAAGCAAGCUUCAAAUCCGAGACUCUCUCUCCAAAUUCGGUCCUUCCCACGCCGAAGCUGGAAACAAUUCUCUCAGGCAAAGACGCCACAGAAGUUGCAGAAGAAAUUACGAGGCACGAAGAGGCUGAGAAGCCCACAAAGAAGGCGACGGGUAGGAGAAGAAAAAGAGGCAGCAGCAAGAGCUUAUCAGAGCUGGAAUUUGAAGAGCUUAAAGGGUUCAUGGAUCUGGGUUUUAUUUUCUCUGAAGCAGAUAAAGAUUCGAGCUUGGUCUCUAUCAUUCCUGGGUUGCAAAGGAUGGGAAAGAAAGGUAGUGACGAAGAACAAACAAUUGACGAAUCUACAAUCCCAAGACCUUACUUAUCUGAAGCUUGGGCUGUUCUAGACCGAAGAAAGGAACGAAACCCAUUAACUAAUUGGAGAAUUCCUUCUGCGCGUAACGAAAUCGACAUGAAAGAUCAUCUCAGGUUCUGGGCUCAUACAGUUGCAUCCACUGUUAGAUGA